CGCGGCUCUCAUUUGCCGCAUCGCAUUUGUCCGCGACGACACUUUCGUGCUUCUUGUUUGAGAAAUUUCAAAAUCCACAAUCAUCCGCUCACAGACGGCUCAGUGCAGUUUGCCAAUCUUUUUUUUAUACGUAUAUAUUUUGAUUAUCGUAUGUCCAUCCAGAAUCUCAACACAUUUGACCCCUUUGCUGACGCAAACAAGGGUUCAGAAGAUGAUGUUCAAGACGGAUUAGUUCACAUAAGAAUCCAACAACGUAAUGGUCGUAAGACCUUAACUACUGUACAGGGUCUUUCAUCUGAUUAUGACCUGAAAAAAAUAGUGAGGGCAUGUAAAAAGGAAUUUGCGUGCAAUGGUACUGUAAUCGAACACUCCGAGUACGGCGAGGUGCUUCAGCUGCAGGGCGAUCAACGCGAGAACAUCUGCCAGUUCCUGACUAAGAGCGGUCUGGCGAAGCCGGACCAACUCAAAGUCCACGGUUUCUAAUGCUACCGUUCGCGCACGAUUCAUCCGCUGUUUAGUUCCGCCGUCGAUUGUCACACUCAAAAUCUUAGUUAUAGUCUAAACAAUGAUCAGCCAGCCCAGAUGAUAAUAUGUACCUGGGAGCAUUCGAUGUUUUCAGAGAGAUGUACACCGGCCACACUGUUUCUUUUUAAUUCCUUCAAGUCAUCAAAAGCAAUAGCAGAGCAAUUAUGCAUCAUACAACGGACGAAAUCAAACUUUUAUAACAACGACUCCAUGCGCCAGCGUUGUUGGCGCACGGCGUCGCUUGACGCGACAUGAAUGCUUUCUUUGGUAAUUGUGCCUUUUUCAAACAUCAAUCUCACAAAUCGAACAAAGCGGCGGCAAUUGCAACCACCGAAUCAAUCAUGUUUUGUUUCUAAUCAGUAAAAUCAACCAUCCGCCAAUCUUGUUUUGGGUUGCGCGCGGAUGCGACUAUAUUAAUGAAUUAUUUUUGAUUGUUUUCUCUACUUUUGUUGUGUUUGUACAUCAGGUUUAAGUUCGACCCACUCACUUAGCGAUGCAGUGCAGGCGUAACGAGUAAUUGUUGAAAACGGAUUUUAUGCUUGUUUGUUGAGCGACAGUAUUUAGUUGAACGAAACACGAAACCACCAUCUUGAAACGAAAUAAAAAGAAAAUACCAAUUGAAA